AGGAAACUGACGGGAAAUUGACUGUGGAUACAUUUCGCAUCAAUUUAACUUUUAUUAAAUUAAAUUUUUGAAAUAAAAUUUUUCUCUCUUUAUACAAAGCUAAAAUGUAAUAACUCAACUUAGAAGAGCAAUGCCUAUGCUAAAUUACGAAUGGCAAUAGAUUUAUUGCAUUAAAACUCUCAAUUUUUUAAAUUUGCCCCAUUUUUCUAUACACCGGGUGAGUUAUGAUUCUUUUCAGUAAUGUAGAAAUGUUUAUACAAAUUAACGAUUAAUCUCGUUCAAUUUGAAGACCACUGAAACUGUCACUCACUCUCUGUUUACAUCUUCCAAAAGACCACACGAUCUGCUCUACGAAACGGAUAUAGAAUCAAAUUUUAGGAAUUUCCGUGCAUCUUAUCGUUGAAUUGGUCAUUCAAUUUACAUCCCAGAACAUGAAUAAGGAGAAAGCAGCUCAGCGAAAUGAGGAGGAAGUAGCUGAGCCAAAUGAAGAGAUACCAGCUCAGCGAAACGAGGAGGAAGUAGCUGAGCCACAUGAGGAGGUACUAGCUAAGCCACGUGAGAAGAUACCAAUUACUAGAAGUUGCCUAUUACUAGCUAGGCCACUUAAGAAGGUACGAGCUAAGCCACGUGAGAAGGAACCAGCUGAGCCACGUGAGAAGGAACCAGCUGAGCCAAAUGCGGGGAUCAAAGUAAGGAAGAAAGAUGAGGUCACAUUCAAUAGCGGAGAGUUUGAUGACUGUUUCGUGCUUGGACAAAAAGGAGGGCAUACGUUUUGGAAGUACUGCUCUGCCAAAUAUCAAUUGAGGAAUUUUAAUGAAAAAGAAAGCCUUCGGAAGAAAAGAAAACAGGCGGAGCGGGAAAAAGAGUUAUUGUGCGACUGUUUGGAUAAAGAUUGUCCCGGCUGUCAUUUAUUUCAGUGUUCGAAUCCGGAGUGCCAGUCGUGGAAGUGUGGUCACGAGUGCCGAAAAAUAAGGAUUAAACGUGAUGGGAAUGACAAAAUAAAAGUAGUGAAUGAAGAGGAUCGGACAGUCGAGUUGUAUUUUGGUAAAUUCCAAAAACAACGGUUUCAUGAUAUUACUGAGAGAUAUAACUGAAUUUCAAUUGGUGAUAGUACAUAAUUUUUAUGUAGUUCAUGUGAAAUUGUUUGUAAACAACUAUAAUCAGCUUUGAGCAGUUUAUAAUCAGCUUUGAUUUGUUUAUUAAUAUUGUACAUUGAAAAAAUUAAUGUUAUGAUACUGAUACUAAAAAAAAGAAAUAUUGUA